AUGACAUCCUUCCUAUCACUCCCUUCAUCCUCCUCAUCAUCGUCAAAUAAACUUGAUUCACAGGCAUUAGCGACUCUGAUAAGACAACUCAAACGAUCACCCGAAUCACCCUCACGACUUACGCUCCCUCCAAUCAUGGGGGUCAUUCAGGAAGAAGACGAAGACCAUGAAGGGACGAGCGUGGUAGUGGAAGAAGUUGACAGUGGUAGUAGUAGUAAUGGUACCAGUCCUGAUACACCUUCAGAUAGGUCAGGAUUGUAUGAUAUACCUGAAGAGGAUGAACAUGAGGAAACUGACGGCGCAUUGUGGGUGAUUGAUGAGGAAAGUGACGAGAAUAUACCUCCAAGCGAGAAUCAGAAUCUCAAUCAAGAUAAUCCACCUCCCAUGGAUCCACAUUCUCCCCCACCACCUAGUCCAUGUAUGACCCACAUCCCUUCACCUACCUUACCCGACAAUCCCAUCGUACCCAAUAGCUACUACCCCGAGGACGAGAAUGAUACCCCAUCGACGUACCAGAAGGUACCUUCUCCACUUGCUGAAUUAUCUUCUGAACAGUUUUCAGAUGCUGAAUCAGAACAAGAAGAGUCAGUCGUUACGCCAUAUUACGAAUCCAACACAAGUAUGAGAUUGAUCCCUCAACAAAGACGACGGAGAAAGACUUUAGGUGAGCUGGAGCAAUAUAGGAAAUUCGCAAUGAACAAGGCUGCCUGGAAAUCAUAUCAGGAAGCAGAAGCUCUAGAGGAACAAAGAAGAAUAAGGGAAAGAGAGGAAAGAGAAGGGUUGUGGAUGAGAUAUAGCUUUGGUGCGGGUAGCAAUGGUAGAUCGAGAGAUAGAUGGAAUAGACCUGAUCUUAUCACUAGAGCUCAAUCUUUCCCACCUACGAUCUUACGAACCAAUACCGAACCUAUCUAUGCUACCUUGUACUCUGAUCCUGAUCCAGGAAGGGACGAACAGCUCACAUCGAACUGGUAUAUCGAUGAUGUCGAAGGUGAAGAUGCAGGCCAAGAUGGCAAUCAAGUACAAGUUCAACAUGUCGAAUAUGUCUCUUCACCAAGAUCCAUGACCGAAGGAGUAGACGAUGAGGAAGACGUUUUAUCACCCGUAUCAGAACAUAUCCAAACUCCCGCUCUGCCCAACGACCUUGAUAAUGAUAAUGAUGAUGACGAACCAAGGAGGUUCUUUCCCAAUGCCACACAGAUAUUCGGAUCGUCUUUCUCCUCAUUCCCUUCCAAUGGUCAGUCAUAUGGCCAGUCAGAUCGUGAAUACGAGUAUACCGCAGAAUCAAAUAUAACUGUCUCUGCACCUACAUAUGGUUUAGGAUUAGGAUUGUCAGGUAUGACAUCUGACCAACAACGAGGAGCGAAGAUCAACACUAGAAUGUCAUUUGAUCAGAUGAUCAAGUACGAAGAGGGAAAACAGCAUCUGGAAGAAGAUGAGAUUAGUCUGGUGGAAUUGCCAAUUAGGAUGAUAUUUCCCGAAAGGACUUUUGAGGAGUUCAAAGCUGCCGGAAGAGAAUAUACGAGGAAACUUAAGGAGCAUCAGAGCAACGAAAAGGACAUGGGGUCUCACGCGUAUGACGAGCUGUGUGAAGGAGAGAGGGAUGAUUCUCAUGAUAGAUCGACAUAUAGAGAAGAUUUAGAUGGAUUACCAAUACCUGAGAGAGGUCGAUCGAGAUCAAGGAUUAAAAGGGAGAUAGAUAUGGAAUCUACCGAAUCAUAUCUGUCGGAUACUUCUACUGCCAACUCCUCUGGAUCUUCUCCGAACGAUCAGGAUGACUAUGAUUCAAAUUAUCCAUACUACUUCACGAAUGAUGAGAAGGAAAAGGCAAAGGGUCUAGUGUAUAGUGAUGAACCUGAAGCUUCAGAAGCACCAGAUAGAUCAAAUUCAACAUCGCCCGACUCCCAAUAUUCCACUGCCAAUGAACAAGAAGAAGAAGGGGAUAUAGAGCUGAACCUUGAUAGAAGGUUGACAAUCAGUCCUGAGCUCCAAGAUGGAGAUGAUGAGGAGUUUAGAGUGGUAAUAGACAGUAGAAGGAGACAUUCGGCACCUGGGAAAUUACCUUCUUACCUUCCUGGGCAUUUUCCAGAGUUCGAUGAGAGUGGACCAUUGAACAUGGGUGAUGGAUUCGAACGGUUAAGGUCAAAGAGUGAAUGUUCGAUUCAUAUCUGA